GACAUAUUGGAGUUGAAACUAAGGAAUUUCAACUGAGGAGCAAGAGGGAAAAAGGUCUCUAGGCAGAGGGACUAGCAGGAGCAAAGACGUGAAUUUCCUCCGCACAGGCUAGCCCCGCGGUAGCACAGAGACUCAUAUUAAUCAGAUGGGCGGGGCGGCGCGCAGCCGUUAGCUCACGACAAUUCUCGCGAGAUCCUGAGCGCGAGGCCCAGAGCAUGUUGGUCAGAGGGCCUGCUCGCUUCUCAACGGUCGCCCUCACAGUGGUCAUCAUGGCGGAGGGUGCUGAGGGAGGUGGAUGGCAGCCUUCUCCCCAGGACCCUCCAGGUCCUCUAGCCUUGGGGCCAGUGGGUGAGCUGGGGGUCCCAGGACAGGCUGAGGGCUGUGUCCUCGGUAGCUCCAGAGCCCCCGGCCCAGCUGCCCUGGGAACCUCUCCCCCUUCUAAUGGCGGAGGUGGUCUUCACAGGUCCGAGUCUGUGGAGGCCUCAGCAAAUGGAGUGUGUGGACACUGCCAUUCAGCAGCCUUGGGGUGGAAUGUGACACAGCGAGAAGAUGGCCAAGAUUAGCACGCAAUACUCCCACCCCACCAGGACACACCCCUCGGUCAGGACCACGGACAGAGAUCUGGAUUGCAUUGAAAACGGUCUCAGCAGGACCCACUUGCCAUGCGAGGAGACAUCGUCAGAACUGCAGGAAGGCAUUGCCAUGGAGACUAGAGGACUGGCUGAAUCCAGGCAAAGCUCCUUCACCAGCCAGGGUCCCACCAGGUUGUCACGCCUCAUCAUCUCGCUCCGUGCCUGGACCGCCAGGCACUUACACCAGGAGGACCAGAGGCCCGACUCUUUGCUGGAGCGUUUCCACGGAGCCGAGCUCAAAGAGGUGUCCAGCCGAGAAAGCCAUACCCAGUUCAAUGUGGGCAGCCAGGAGCCACCAGACAGAGGGAGAAGUGCUCUUGAGAAGCACCCAGCUUCUGGUCAGUGGGAGACCACUGAGCCACCACGGGUUGAAUCGGUUGUCGAUCAACAGCAGAAGGUCUCUUUAAGACCCCGUAGCAGUAAGAGAGUGACUGGCCCCUGGCCAGAAACAACACCAACACCUGCAACAACUCGGAGAAGGAGUGAGUACCUCUGUCCCCUCGCACUCCCCGCCUCCGCCCUCCUGCUGUGGACACCCCAGCUGUGUCUCCCUCCUCAGUCUUGCUGCUUCUGCCACACCCGCCAGACCCUGCUAGAACCCUGCUCCUGGCAUUGGAAACCCGUCCCCAUGGACAAAUGUGGGGAGGGACCUGUUUGUGACAAGGCGAAAAAGGAGGAGAAAGAGAAAAAGGAAGACCCCAAGAAAGAGGAGAAGAAGAAGGACAGCGUGGUGGUGGACCCUUCCAGCAACAUGUACUACCACUGGCUGACCGUCAUCGCCGUGCCUGUCUUCUACAACUGGUGUCUGCUCGUGUGCAGGGCCUGUUUCGAUGAGCUCCAGUCCGAGCACCUGAUGCUUUGGCUGGUCCUGGACUACUCAGCAGACAUCCUCUAUGGCAUGGAUGUGCUGGUCCGAGCCCGGACAGGCUUCCUGGAGCAAGGCCUGAUGGUCAUGGACGCCAGCCGGCUGUGGAAGCACUACACGAAGACCCUGCACUUCAAGCUGGAUGUGCUGUCCCUGGUCCCCACAGACCUGGCUUAUCUUAAGCUGGGCAUGAACUACCCAGAACUGAGGUUCAACCGCCUGCUGAAGUUGCCCCGGCUCUUCGAGUUCUUUGACCGCACAGAGACAAGGACCAACUACCCCAACAUGUUCAGGAUUGGGAACUUGGUCUUGUACAUCCUCAUCAUCAUCCACUGGAACGCCUGCAUCUACUUUGCCAUUUCCAAGUUCAUCGGUUUCGGGACCGACUCCUGGGUCUACCCAAACAUCUCCAACCCAGAGUAUGGGCGCCUCUCCAGAAAGUACAUUUACAGUCUCUACUGGUCCACCUUGACCCUGACCACCAUUGGGGAGACCCCGCCCCCUGUAAAAGACGAGGAGUAUCUCUUUGUGGUCAUCGACUUCCUGGUGGGCGUCCUGAUUUUUGCCACCAUCGUGGGCAACGUGGGCUCCAUGAUCUCAAACAUGAACGCCUCACGGGCCGAGUUCCAGGCCAAGAUCGAUUCCAUCAAGCAGUACAUGCAGUUCCGCAAGGUGACGAAGGACUUGGAGACACGGGUGAUCCGCUGGUUCGACUACCUGUGGGCCAAUAAGAAGACAGUGGAUGAGAAGGAGGUGCUCAAGAGCCUCCCCGACAAGCUGAAGGCCGAGAUCGCCAUCAACGUGCACCUGGACACCCUGAGGAAGGUCCGAAUCUUCCAGGACUGCGAGGCAGGGCUGCUGGUGGAGCUGGUGCUGAAGCUGCGGCCGGCAGUGUUCAGCCCCGGGGACUACAUCUGCAAGAAGGGGGACAUCGGGAGGGAGAUGUACAUUAUCAAGGAGGGCAAGCUGGCGGUGGUGGCCGAGGACGGCAUCACCCAGUUCGUGGUCCUCGGCGACGGGAGUUACUUCGGGGAGAUCAGCAUCUUGAACAUCAAGGGGAGCAAGUCCGGGAACCGCCGCACGGCCAACAUCAGGAGCAUCGGCUACUCGGACCUGUUCUGCCUCUCCAAGGAUGACCUGAUGGAGGCGCUCACCGAGUACCCCGAGGCCAAGAAGGCGCUGGAGGAGAAGGGGCGGCAGAUCCUCAUGAAGGACAACCUGAUUGAUGAGGAGCUGGCCAGGGCCGGGGCUGACCCCAAGGACAUCGAGGAGAAGGUGGAGCACCUCGAGACCUCCCUGGACACCUUGCAGACCAGGUUCGCGCGGCUCCUGGCCGAGUACAACGCCACCCAGAUGAAGGUGAAGCAGCGGCUCAGCCAGUUGGAAAGCCAGGUGAAGAUGGGCCUCCCGCCUGAUGGGGAUGCUCCGCAAACGGAGGCCAGUUAGCCCUGAAGACACAGGUGCCCUCUCCUGCCUAACCGCAUUCUAGCUUUCCCCACCCUCUGUGAGCUGCGUGGCCUUGGGGCAGAGCCUUGGUUUUCCUCAUCUAGACAAUGGGACUCUUUAUGUCUGUCCCAGCUAAGUGACAGGUUGCAGCGAACUCCUCAAGAAACGCUUCGUGAGGCAGGAUUUUGUGAAGUGUGAGAUGUCUCCAGGCUAAGAGUAUAAAAAUGGGAGCACAGAAGUUUUUUGUUUUUUGUUUUUCAAAUCCGUGGGGAAUAUUUAGACUCCUGAACUUCAUUUUUUUGUAAAUGGGAGGUUAUUUACUUAACCACCCCUCCUGCCCCUCACUCCACCACCUCCUGAUGAGGGAGUGGUAACCGAAGCUGAGAGUACACGUGGUAACUCAGAUUGGAUACACGAAACAGCUUGGGCAUAUUUCGGACUUGGGUAUCUCCUCAUGUGUUCUUUCAUGCCGUGACAGGCACAAAGAACGAAGCCAGGUCAUCCCGGCUGAGGCCAUUUCAAGUCUGAGAAGCAAAUCCAGGUGCCCUGCCAUCAACUCCUGUGAAACCAGAAUCUGUUUCCUGGCAAAGAGUAUCUCCAUUAGGGAAAGGGCCAUCUCCUAACUCCCCAACAGGCUUCAAAGACAGCCUCUGUCCCAGUCCCUGAGUCGGGGCCCUGGGACAGCCUGUUCUGGCCUGGAGGGGAGAGUCGUGUUGGGAAAGUUUCCCAAGUUGGAGGUCGGAAUGGGGUCCUAAGGCAAACAAGCUGACCACUAAGACUUUCAAGAGACAAGACCCUUAGGCCGUGUCUUUCCAAACUGUCCCUGCACCUGGAACAGGAAGCCUCACUCUCCCUUGGGAUUACAUCCCGAGGCAAAGCUCUUGGACAAGAAUGUGCAGAGUAUCGACCUGGCUCUUUUUGUUGAAUCCAGUAUAUAAUAUUACAUUAAGAUUUUAGAAGGUGUCUAUAGAUUAGGGUUAAUGGUCCAUCCUCUGCUUCAUACACAUCGUAAAUUACCCAAGACAAGUCACUCUCCUGAUGCAGGGAAGCCAUAUAUGCAGGUUUUCCUGCUCCUCUCUCCAAUCUCGUCUCCCCGUCUUCCUUCCUUCCUUCCCUUCUCUUCCUCCUCUUCUUCUUUCUUCCUAUGCUCUUUCCUUCUCAGACAAGAUGCCCCAUGUCCUUUGGAAACCUCGAAGUCUCUGUGGUCUAAGUUACAGUCCAUAUGCUACAUAACUGGGCCCUAAUGUAGUUCAUACAAAAAGUGCUGCCUUUUCAAGUAUGCAUUUUGGAUUUACAUGGCUCUGUUCUGGUUUCUACUAUGGAUCAUUUGACCAUUUUAACUUUUUAAAAGAAAUUUCAGAGAACUAUUAAAGAAAGAUCUGGUCCAAGCUCUUAUCAUCAGCACAAUGUAACUAGCAACGUGUUAUCAAAAUGCACAUGUUUUAAAAGCCUUAACUAUUAAUUCUGCCUAUAUUCAUAUUUACACAGGAAAAAUAGAGACCUGGAUUUAAAAAAACA